GUAAGGCAACCGUGCGUAGCGCGCAACGACUCCGCCGCUCCGCUAUGUAGGUAUCCACGACGCCUAUAUAUAAUUGACCGCCCACGUAUCAGUGUCGCACACCUAUUCUCUUAUAUCUUAAGCCUAAACUUGACUACUGUACUCGCUAUACACGCAUACGUUAGUUCUGAGUCACGUGAGCGGAGUCACUGCAGGAAAGCGCACUUUAUUGAGUAAAUUGUUGAGCCUUUGUCACGUAUAGUGGAGCUCACUCUGUUACCAGAUGACUAUUCAAGAGUACAACCCCUCUUGCGGACGCGCGUCUCUUCUACAUCUCGCUAUGGAUCCGCGGGUAAUUACUCGGGAAGAACUCGCCAAUGCCACGAGAUUCGGCGACUUCACCCCAGUCUACAAGAUCGAUACAAAAACCGUGGUCAAGACUGGAGAUUCCGUUCGACUAGCUGAGGCUGCCGCUAUGAGACUAGUCCGCGAAAAGACGAGUAUCCCAGUACCCGAAAUCUACAACGCUUAUACCGAUGGCGAUACUGGCCAUGUGCGAAUUGUAAUGCAGUUCAUCGAAGGGGACUGCCUCUCAAACAAGUGGGAUCAAUAUGACGCUCAACAGAAAGAACGCCUUCUCCAACAACUCUCCGACAUGUUCCCACAACUACGCGAUAUCAAAGGCACGUUCAUUGGAUCUGUCGACGGAAGCGCUUGCGAAGACCCAUUGUUCGAUGAGGAUAUUGGGAAUUAUGGUCCCUACAAGGACGAAGCUUCUUUCCACCAAGGCGUCAUCACAGCACUUAGAAAUACGCUCGAGGGCGGCUGGGUUGACACAGUAUGCGCCAUGGUCAGUGCUCUGAGCGAGCAUGAAACCGUCUUGACUCACGGAGAUAUAUCACCGAGGAACAUCUUAGUCCGGGAGGACAAAGUCGUUGCUAUCCUGGACUGGGAGAUGGCUGGCUACUAUCCUGAGUACUGGGAAUAUACAAAGGCGCUCUUCAGGCCAGCGUGGGAAAGUGGCUGGAUCAAGGAUAAGGCGGUGGAUAGGGUGCUGCAGCCAUAUCCCAUGGAAUUGGCUGUAUUCUUGCAUGUACACAGCGUAGGGGCUUGGUGA